AUGACUUCUCCGCCCGGUACGAGCCCUUACCGCCGGGGCCCGGCGGCGACCCGCACGAGCGCUACUCCCCGGACGAGAUCGUGUACCGCUCCCGGCUCGGGGGCCUCCUCGACGUGCGCCACGACAUGGACGCCACGGCCCGCCACCGGGCUCCUACGGCGGGACCUCUUCGACUCCCGCGUCGGCCGCGCCACCCGGCCCUACGGCUCCGGCGUGCGGUCCAAGAAGGAGUUCGUCCUCCCCGGGAUCCACCCCGACCACAUCGUCUCCCUCUUCGAGGGCAACUCCAACCUCUUCUGGGCCGAGCGCCUCGGCCGUGACCACCUCGGCGGCAUGAAAGACCUCUGGGUCAAGCACUGCGGCAUCUCCCACACCGGCUCCUUCAAGGACCUCGGCAUGACCGCGCUUGUCAGCCAGGUCAACCGCCUCCGCCGCGCCCCGCUCUCCCGCCCCAUCGCCGGCGUCGGAUGCGCCUCCACCGGGGACACCUCCGCCGCGCUCUCCGCCAGCUACGUUGUGGCGCCACUAUAA